GUUGUCUAGCGCCGACGACAGGCUCGAAGCAAUAUGGCGAAGUGUGUCACGGGAGGCUCGGUGUAGACGCAGUGUCGUUCCUAGGAUGACAGGUUCGCGGUAUGGGUUGAGAAUAAUGUAGCGGGGAAUAAUGUACGAAUCGUGCGAGAGUAGACGUAAUCACGUGCAGGUGUAAUCGCGCCGAACGGUUUAUCGUGAUAUCGUGUGAUAGCGAGUGCGCGCGUUACCGGUGUGCAAAAGUCAUGGCUACGGAUAAAAUAAAGGUUGCCGUACGGGUCCGGCCGUUUAAUCGCAGAGAGCUGGAACUCUGUACGCAAUGCGUCGUCGAGAUGACCGGCCAACAAACUAUCUUGCACCAUCCCACCACGAUGGACAAGAUCGAUCGGAACAAGCCCAAGACUUUCGCUUUCGAUCACUGCUUUUAUUCCCUGGAUCCUGGACUGGACGCUUUUGCGAGUCAAGAUGUCGUCUUCGACGCCCUGGGUCGUGACAUUUUGGACAAUGCGUUUCAGGGUUACAACGCCUGUAUAUUCGCAUACGGACAAACCGGCUCUGGCAAGUCUUACACGAUGAUGGGCAGUGGCGACAACAAAGGGAUAAUACCACGAUUGUGCGACAAUCUCUUUGACUUGAUAGCGAAGCAACAAAGUUCGGAGCUCACUUACAAAGUCGAAGUCUCGUACAUGGAGAUCUAUAAUGAAAAAGUGCACGAUCUUCUGGAUCCGAAGCCAAACAAGCAAUCGCUCAAGGUCCGAGAGCACAAUGUCUUGGGGCCCUACGUCGACGGGCUGAGUCAGCUGGCGGUUACUUCUUUCCAGGACAUUGACAACCUCAUGGCGGAGGGCAACAAAUCGCGAACGGUCGCAGCGACAAACAUGAACUCCGAGAGCUCUCGUUCGCACGCUGUAUUCUCGGUGAUUCUCACGCAGACUCUAACGGACUCGAAGAGCGGGGUCAGCGGGGAAAAGGUCUCGCGGAUGAGUUUGGUAGAUUUAGCUGGGAGCGAAAGGGCUGUGAAAACUGGAGCAGUGGGUGAUAGACUUAAAGAAGGAAGCAAUAUUAACAAGUCUUUAACGACGUUGGGUCUAGUCAUUUCAAAGUUGGCGGAUCAAAAUUCCGGCAGCAAUAAGAAAAAGGACAAUUUUGUGCCCUAUAGAGAUUCUGUUCUUACGUGGCUCUUGAAGGAUAAUCUUGGUGGCAAUAGCAAAACUGUCAUGGUAGCCACAAUAUCGCCAGCUGCCGACAAUUACGAAGAAACGCUCUCGACUCUACGGUAUGCCGACAGAGCAAAGAGGAUAGUCAAUCACGCUGUCGUUAACGAGGAUCCGAAUGCUAGAAUUAUUCGCGAACUCAGACAAGAGGUGGAAACCUUAAAGGAAAUGUUGUUACAUGCCACAGGAUCGAUUGUCGGCCAACAACGCACAGACAUCACGGAAAAAUUAUCUCAAUCGGAACGACUAAUGAAGGAAAUGUCACAGACGUGGGAAGAGAAAUUGGUGAAAACCGAGAGACUACAACACGAAAGGCAGCAGGCUUUGGAAAAAAUGGGAAUAAGCGUACAAGCGUCUGGUAUUCAAGUAGAGAAGAGCAAGUACUAUCUGGUUAAUUUGAACGAUGAUCCAAGCUUGAACGAACUAUUGGUUUAUUACCUCAAGGAAAGGACCCUCGUAGGUGGUCGUUCAGCCAAAAGGGAACAGGAUAUUCAAUUGCACGGCUUGGGUAUUCUACCGGAACACUGCGUUAUCACGAUAGAAGAAUCAGGCUUGUACAUGAUACCGUUAAAUGGUGCUCGAUGUUUCGUCAACGGUACACAAGUUGUAAACAAGACCCUGCUACAGCAUGGCGAUAGAAUCGUUUGGGGAAAUCAUCAUUUCUUCAGAGUCAACUGUCCAAGAAGUGCUACAGCAAUCAACAGCGAGCCGCAAACUCCUGCACAAAACAUUGACUACAACUUUGCCAGGGAAGAACUUAUGCUUAAUGAACUUUCCAACGAUCCGAUUCAGAGAGCUAUAGCGAGACUGGAGAAGCAGCACGAGGAAGAUAAGCAGGUUGCACUCGAGAAGCAGAGACAAGAGUACGAACGACAGUUUCAACAAUUGCGUAAUAUACUAUCUCCCUCUACACCAUAUUCGCCUUACGUACCUUACGAUCCUCUGAGAGGUAGCCAAAGUGGAAAGCUUCCGGCUUGCACACCAACGACGCAAAUGCGCGUUGAAAAGUGGGCCCAAGAACGAGAUGAGAUGUUUAAACGCAGUUUGGGUCAAUUGAAGACGGAUAUCCUAAAAGCUAAUGCAUUGGUACAAGAGGCUAAUGUACUAGCCGAGGAGAUGGGCAAACAAACCAAGUUUAGCGUCACCCUGCAAAUUCCUCCGAAUAAUCUAAGCCCGAAUAGGAAGAGUGUAUUCUUUCAGCGGGGCGCGUUUGUCAGUGAGCCCGCAAUUUUAGUGAAGAGGACGAAUAUGGGAAGUCAAGUUUGGUCCAUGGAAAAGCUAGAAAAUAAAUUAGUCGAUAUGCGAGACAUGUACGAGGAAAGAAAAGAUCCUCACAACUGUCAACGAUUACCUGCAAUUAAGGACGAAGUACCAGGGAAAACACAAGAUCCGUUUUACGAAUCCCAAGAAAAUCACAAUCUUAUCGGAGUUGCAAAUAUUUUCUUAGAAGUGUUAUUCCACGAUGUACGGUUAGAUUAUCAUACCCCGAUUAUUAGUCAGCAAGGAGAAGUCGCUGGUCGACUGCAGGUUGAAAUAAGUCGCAUAUCCGGGCAAUUUCCUCAAGAUCGGAUUUGCGAGGCUGCUUCGGAGUCUUCCGCGGACUCGACGUCCUCCGAAGCUGAAGAUUAUUCCGGAGGAUCUAGCCACAUCACCUGUCGUGUAACGAUAAAGCAAGCCACCGGAUUACCACUCUCGUUAAGUCAUUUUGUCUUUUGUCAAUACAUGUUUUGGAAUCAUCCAGAACCGAUAGUGGUUCCGCCUAUGGUAAAUGCCGAGUUACCCAACUCGAAUUGCACCGCUGGACAGAGGGAUUCCUUGACGUUCAAGUUUGAUGAUACAAGGGAUUUCGCCGUAGCCAUUACGGAGGAAUUUAUGGAACACGCCGCUGAAGGGGCAUUGAGUAUAGAAGUAUGGGGCCAUCGUAGCGCAGGCUUUUCACGUAGUAAACCUGGAUGGGAAGUGGAACAGCAACAAUUGGCGAAAGCUAGAUCGCUCGCUGACCGUUGGUCCGAAUUAACGCGAAAAAUUGAACUAUGGGUGGAGAUACAAGAGCUCAACGAGCAGGGGGAAUACUCAUCUGUUGAAGUUGCAGUGAAGCAAGACACAUGUACAGGUGGUAUUUAUCAACUCCGGCAAGGCCAACAACGUCGCAUACAGGUUCGAGUGAAACCAGUACAAAAUUCUGGAACUUUACCGAUCAUCUGCCAAUCGAUAUUAAACAUAGCCGUUGGGAGCGUAUCGGUACGUAACCGAUUGCAAAUUCCGUUAGAUAGCUACCAAGACGAGGACUUGAGUAUAUUGAGAGACAAAUGGAGUGAUGCUCUAAUGAGAAGACGACAGUACCUUGAUCAACAAAUUCAGAAACUCAUCAAUAAACAAGACAAAACGGAACAAGACAUGGAGCGAGAACAAAGUCUCGUGGAUCAGUGGGUCAGUCUUACGGAGGAACGGAACGCCGUUCUGGUUCCCGCGGCGGGUUCAGGUAUUCCUGGUGCUCCUGCCGACUGGACUCCUCCUGCGGGGAUGGAGCCGCAUAUUCCCGUACUAUUCCUUGAUCUCAAUGCCGAUGAUCUCUCAACGCAUCAGUCGGGAGAAGAAGUAUCGGUGACAGGAUUAAAUUCAAUCCUACCUAAGGAACAUGGAAACAAAUUUUAUAAUCUGCCUAUAAUUCGACAUUUAGAAAAAGACGUAUGUGCCAUUGCCGCGUGGGAUUCUAGUAUACACGAUAACGUGCAUCUGAACAGAGUGACCGAUGCCAACGAAAGAGUCUUUCUAAUUUUGAAGACCACCGUUCGCCUGUCGCAUCCAGCACCAAUGGACCUUGUGCUGCGUAAAAGAUUAGCUUUAAACAUAUACAAGAGGCAAAGCAUUACAGAUAGAUUUUUCAAGAGAAUCAUUCGAACUGACUGCUUGGCGCAAACCGGCGUCACUUACGAAGUAGUUUCCAACAUACCAAAGGCGAGCGAAGAGCUGGAAGAUCGCGAGAGCUUGGCGCAGAUUGCUGCUAGCGGGGAAGAUAAUAGUUUAUGCGACGGAGAGACUUACAUAGAAAAAUAUACUCGCGGUGUGUCCGCCGUCGAAAGUAUAUUAACAUUGGACCGAUUACGACAGAGCGUUGCUAUAAAAGAAUUGUUACAAGCGCAGGGACAACCAUUAAUGCGCAAGACUGCGAGUGUUCCGAACUUCUCUCAGAUUAUGAGAUUCGAUAUGUCAAUGGAUUCGCUGAGUGUUACUCGUUCGGAGAGUGUGACAGAUCUCAAUAUGGAAAAUGGUCUUCCUCAUCCGCGACGUGCAUCUAUAGGUCACACAAGAAAUGACGAAAACUUUAUAUCUGCACCGCCAAAGCCAUUUGGAAUCGGCUCCAUUCUGAACUCAGCGAGACCAACUUUCCUGAAUCUCAACCUGAAUCUCAACUCAUUGACACGUCUUCAACAAUCUACCUCUGCCAAGUCGUCUCCAAACAUGGUCAGCAGUAAAUUGGGUCCUCGUAUGACUACAUUACACGAGGAAACAUUAAACGUGGGAAAUCAAGCGUCUACUCCUAUCAAUGACGAUGAUGAGGAGAAGAGCGACGCUGAUUAUUCUGAGUAUGAGGCAUAUCAGGCUCCACCGAAACCGGUAAAGCCGCUAACUUCCUCACGCACGUUGGAUUCUCUGGUCGAACUACAGUCGACCAAGAUCAAUACGCCAAGUAUGAGUAGCAGCGGGUACGGUUCUCAGGCUGUUUCGACGACAAAUCUGACAUCGGAAGAUUCUAUUUCUAUCAAAUCCAUCAGUGUGGAUGAGACUCCAGAUCUCGAAUAUCGUAAUGUUCUUGAUAGCAAGAAACCCGAGAAAAUGGACAGUUCCCUCGUGGAGGAAACGCCGGAGGAGUAUUUGAGCGAAGUAAACUCCGCAUUGGACAACUUGAACAUUUCGCAAAGCACUUGCACAGAGGAACACACUAGGAAAAAUCUGGAAGAAAUGGGAACAUACGUGGAUACCGAUGUCGAAAGUCCAGUCUCUUCUACAAAGAGUGAAAGCGAAACUAACAGCAACAUGUUUCACGUCGAGACUCAAAGGAAAAACGAGAUGGAGAUCAGCCAGACGUCCAAUUCGGGAGACGAUAGUCCCAUGGAGGGGACUUCGAUCGUACACACCAAACUGCCACCUGGCAAGGUCGUGAGAAGAAGAAAGACUUCUAACGGUACAGGAAGGCCUACCAGUUCGCAGCACAGAGCUUCGUUUCCUAUGGUCCGUCCACAACUUUCUGAGAGCAAGGCUGCAGUACACUUGGAGCAAACGUUACAACCUAACAUGCCGUAUGAAAAUGGCGACAAUAGCUCUUCGGAGAGAAUCGAUGCGGAUGACGUUAGUGAUAAAAGUUCAGCGUUUGGUUCGAGGCACGACUUAACUCGUGUGGAAGCUCCUUUACUAGACUGGAUCGUUGUUGGUGAAUCAGUUUUGGUGCGUCCUUAUAGUUAUUCCGGAGUUAUAGCAUACGUCGGCCCCACAGAAUUUGCACCGGGAACCUGGAUAGGAGUUGAACUUGAUGCUCCGACUGGCAAGAACGAUGGUGCUGUCAAUGGCCAUAGGUAUUUCACAUGCCGAUCCAAAUGUGGUAUAUUUGUUAAAAUGGAUAAGUUAAUUCAAGACAGACGAGGAAGAGCACUUAGAAGCUACACCAAGCAAGAAUCCACGCCAGCACCAUCCACAUCAAUGCGCAGGAGUAUUAGCAAAGGCGAAGGGUUACAUUCCUUGCACCGAAGUCGCAGUCGAGGGGAAGGCCUCUCUACAACAGGUACACGUUCUUUUCCACGCGGCAAGUAAACGGAUCACACACUGCUUCACCAUUACUUCGUGUUAAUAAGAGCCACAACAUAAAUAUCCUAAACAUGCUACAUGCCUAUAUGAUAUAUGUAGCGGCAAUGUUUCAGUCCUUUAGACAUUAGGGCAGCUAUCGAUUAUUGAAAUUACCAUAAAGUAAUCUUUGAAAUAUUAAGUCAUUAAUGUGUACUACGCACGAAGCAUGGGAUAUUUUCGACUUGUCAUAUCCUAUGAGAAGCGUACAUCCACUUGGCUACUUGGCUAGGGGGUAGAAAAGUAGGAGGGUAUGGGGAGGGGGAGGGGGAGUAGCAUAAUUGACCCGUGCAUAAUACAUGUCGCCAUGUAUCGAAAGUCAGUGUUGCGACGCUUAUUGACUUACGAGCAUUCCACAAGUUUAUUUUAACGACCACGUCAAAUUACGAACCAUUGUGUUUUACGAGGAAGGCACAAUAUACUUUACGAUUUAAUUGUACAUUCUAAACUAAUCAAAAGUCAGCAGGACAUCUUUCCUUUUACUCUCGACUUACGUCAGUCUGAAAAUACACGAUAACUGCAAUUUGAUGUACAUAUUUCACGUAAUGGUAUUUUGUAUUUAUAAAAUCGGUCCGUGUCGACACGAUAGACGCGACAUGCCGAUAAUAAUAAUAUACCGAAUUUAAUCUUGGCGUUUUUACAAAUCAUUGGACGAAACACUUUCCAAAAUUACCACAUGGUAAUUUAUAGGCCCGGAAACGUGCCCAAUGAAAGGAGAAAUGUCGACAAACAUUUUGCAUACAUAUUAUAUUUUACCGCGUUAUGCAGAUUAUUUAAAGAUUUUAUAUAUAUACAAUUGUUUCAUAUAUUGUAUUUUUUUAGCGCGAUUUGUUAAGUUCCUUUUUAUUGUAAUAUACAUCUCUUGUCACCGUUAUCCCAUCACGUGAACAUGACACGCCUUAAUUUAUAAUAUAGUAUACUGCAUUCUAGCUGCGUAUUGCAUUUUUGGGGAUUGCAAAGUGGUUCUUAAUAUUAAUUGUUUUAAGGGACAAAUUGCAAGUCCAAAGAUACAAUGUUCGAUAGAGUUGCAAUAUUAAGUUGGUUAGGUAGCCUUAGGUAGUAGAAACUAAAUAGACGAGCUUGUUCCAUCGUAUCAGUUGCGUAAAGCUACGUUCAUCUAGCUCUUACAUAGAUACAUACUUGGGUUGCCCACGUUGUAUAUCGCUUUAUUCACGCACAGCAUGGAUGUUAUAAAGCGGACAAUUAACAUUUCGUAUUCCGUAACGUGAUUUAACGCUUACGUUAACGAAUAUAUGUCUUUCACUUGGGGGUAUUAACACUUGCUUCAUUUCAAAUGCCAUUACAUACAUACGUAAUCACAAUCUUGCGUGAAAUCAAACGGCGAAAAACUACUAUAUUUUUCUCUUACUUGACGAGAUAUAUAGAUUGUGUCGUAAAGGAAUACGAAAAAGACAAAAAGUAAGCAAUUAACAUUUAAGAUAACUCGUACAUUCGCCCAAAUUGUGAAAACAGCUCCUGUCCAAUUAGAACAAUACUUAUAUUAUCAAUAAUGAGUAUAUUACUGUAUGUGUAAUAUUUAUGGAAUAUAAUAAUAAUAAUUAUAAUAAUAAUUAUAAUAAUUAUAAUAAUCGCUGCGGCGCAACGUUUCCUUAUCGUAGUAGACAAUCUCUCUCCGGUUUUAUGUACGUAAAUAACAAUUACCUCUGCGAGAAGGAAACCUUGCAACCAGCGGCAUCUGUCCAUUUUUAGUAAUCGAGAGAUUGUUGAGGAAGAAACAGAAAUUAAAGAGUCCACGUGUCACAGUGAUACUACACGCCUGCCCGGCAUAACGUUAAUAAAUUCUGCAAGUAUUGAUCAUUACCGCGCGUCUUCGGUUCUCGAUAUAAUCGACACUUGCAUUUCUCUUUCGAUGCAUUCAAACUCGUAUAUUAUCCGUAAAGCAAGAUUUACUCUUGCUCUCUCUACUUUACGAACGCUGACAGUGUUGGAUACACAGGGGGAGAGUGACUUGAAAAACUUGACGAAAUCAUACACGACUUUCGUUGUGUACCUCGAGAAAAUUACCGAUUCUUGAAUAGUGUUUCUCUGAAUUCCUUGUAACUUGUAAAUCAUUGUAUCCAGAGUAAUACUAUUCUUUUCUGCAACACAAACACGCAGAGAGACAACACGGAAGAAAAUGUAAAUUAAACAGACAUUGAGAGAGAGAGAGAGCAUGGACGAUAGUCUCGAAACAAGAAUUUUUUUCAAUGUGUGGUCGAUGUUUAUUAUUAUUUAAAUUGUUAUUUCCUCGUGUUGUUCGAGAAACUGCAGCGGAGCAGAGAGAGAGAGAGAGCUUACGCAGCCUAUUCCAUCCCGCAAUAAGACAAUGUCCAUUUUUACCGCGUUGCAAUUGUCUAAAGAUAAUCGUUCACGCUAUACUUUGUACCCUAAAUGAUUCUAGAAUAUAUUUUCGACCAAUCGGUUUUACGAGUGUCUCUAGAAGAUUUCCGAGUUUAACAUUAUCCGCGAUCGCUGCGAAUGACACGAUCCACGUUCCAAAGGGUCGCGGACGGGAGGGUCCAUCAUUUAAACCGAGUCUCCUAACUAUGGCUGUGAAACCGAUAUUUUGCUGUUCACGCUGCUCCCUCGUUUUCAUCCUCGUGUCCAAGUGUCCACGAGCAUCGAAUAUUAUCGAAUGUAUAUCGCGGCCCCGUUAAGAAAAAUACCAAGUAUCGAGUACCGAAACUGCGAAACCAAAACGUUUCUCAAACGUUUCAUCGCUGAUUAAGUAAAACCUGUUAAUCUAAAUCUGCUCGUCGACGCGAUCGUCGACGGCGGAAACGCGCCUUUAACGAAGGGUUCAGCUCGAGCAGUUUAUUUUCGAUCGCGCUUUUCCGUGACACGCGAGCAAAAAGUAUAUAAAGCACAAAGAACAAAUACAGGGAUCGCAUCGAGACAAGACGAUCGAGGAGCAUUUUUACAACAAAAGGAUUAAUAUGACAACUUUAGUAAUGUAAUUUUAUCUCGUUUCUUUUGUCAGUUUUUCAGUUCAAGAAAGAAACUUUCUCUCACACCAGUCUCGUAACAUUUUUUGUCCAAUAACAUUAAUAACUGCUCGCGCUUAUUUGAUCGGGCUUAUUCGAUCAAGCGCGACUACGCUUUCCCAUAAAAUUCUCUGUCUAGCUUUGUCGCUGGAGCGAUCCGUUCCUCGAAAGUAUCUUGUCGACCGCGUUUCCGCGUUUGUUAGCGGCCACGCUUCAUAAUCGUCAAUUAAACGAAAAAGUGCGAGAGUACGUAUAAUAUUGAAUUCGGAACUCUUCUAAACCAUCGUCGCGGUGAGACCGUUCGAACGGUCUCGCGCUAAUGUAAAACCUACACGUGUAUAUGUACAACGUAAGCCUCAAGAUUGGUGGUUAUAUUUUAAUGUAAUGUAUAAAAAGGGGAAAGAGCAAAAGAAAAAAAAAAGAGAGGAAAAUAACAGAUAAAGUAUGCGUGCGGAGAUAUAAAGUGACAAAACCCUCGUAUUCGUCCUCGUACGUUUAUCAUACUGACACAAUACUGUAAGAAUACAAUAAUGUAAGGAAAAUUAGCAAGGUGAGCACGUGCUUUGUCUCUCCUCCUCAUUUAUUCUAGCCGCGUUAAGUAGAUACUGUAUUUAUCACGCGACGACACUGUACACACGGUUAGGUUCACGACAGCUUUCACGCGUUUAACUUGAUGUGAUUAAAUAGGAAUGUCAACGACGGCUGUUCAUCUGUUGAAAACCUAAGCCGUUCACUCUCGCUAGAAACAUUGGUAUCCGUUUGAUCCAUCCCGACUUAAAUAGGCAAGUUUUGUUUUCUCUUCCCUGAGUCUCCUUUGUUUUAUCUUUGUAUUAUAUUAUAUUUCGAGAAGCUUGACGAGAGGAAUCAGCCUUGUACGGUGUGAAUCAAACGGACACACUCUAAACCUGCGAAUCCUCGAAUCGAUCCUGUUUCCGUCUACUUCGCCAAACAUAUGUAUCGCGACACAGGAGAAGCGGGAGAAGCGGGAGAAACGGGAGAAAAAGAUUUGGCACAAGAGCGAUGCGAAAUCAUCGGCAGCGAAAGGUGCGACGUAGAUAGUUUCAGUCGAUCGGCGAUUCGGUCGAUGCUAGUAAAGCUGUAAGUGUAAAGCUUCUACCGGAGAUAACGAAAUGAUACAGUCGAUACUAGAUAAUAAGAGUUUCGGAAAUUCUCUGUAGAUCGAUAGGAUGCGCCGUGUCGUUUGAUCUGGUUGUAGAUAACCGGAAAUAGGAAAGCCUAUUUUUGCAUCGUGUGAUUAAAGACAAAAAAAAGGUAUCUAGCCGGUUUGUAUUCACCGAAUAUAUACAUUUGGAUGGGGUGUUGUAUAAAGCCCCAAACUAUACAAAAAUAACUUGUAGAAUGUUGACUGUCAAUGAUUCGUAUAACAGUGACUCAUAUAACUCAUUAAUAAGUAUGCUUAUUACCUACAUAUUUGUUGAUAUAUUUCUUGACAGGCUCUCACGCAGCCUGCCAAGAAUCCCGCGUAACUUGUCUCAUUUUGUACCCUGUUAUUAUUUGAAUAAGGAUCUCUUACAAUUUACAUUGCGUAACGUACAAAUUAGAGCUGCUCUAAAACACCUGAAAUGAUGAAAUUAGUCAGUUGUGUUGUACAAUACGAGAAGCGAUUUAACCGGAAUAUCUGGCAGGUAUUUACGAUGUAACGGAAUGAUCGUCCUCGAGUAUCACAGUUGUAUAAUUGUUAAGGUAGCUACUUGUACUCUCUCGUACACUUGAUCGACAUGAAAAGCGGUACGCACGGGAAAACGCGAGAGGAAUCCUCGUAAAAUUUCUAAAUGUACCUCGGAUGAAAGGGUCCUUUCAAAAUUGUACAGCUGCACGAGCGAGCAGCUGUGCGGAGAAUCGAACAGGUUCACGCGUGUCAACACGAGUACGUGACGUUUAUUUCUAUUCCGACAUUACGCCUAGCGAUAUAUUGUCGCGAUUCAGCACGAAAUUUCAAUAUUUAGCGAUUCAACUAGCAAGUACUUGAGUGUGCACUUGGUGUUUACUUCUCUGAAUAUUUCUGCUACAGAAAUUGAUAUCCUUAUUAAUUUUCCCUCGUGUUCUCGUACGAUUUUCUGCCAAAGUAUGAAGCGCGGUGCGUGACUCAAGUGUAAAUGAUAUAUUUUCACGAGAUGACAACAUUUCUUUCGUCUCACGCAAUGAAAUGAAUAAACAUUGACAAUUUACAUACGACGACGUGAAUCUGAGAGAGAGCUAAGUUUCGUAGGCUCGGAUUAAGGUGUACGACUAGCUCGUUUCGAGACAUUUCCUCCAAAAAAUAUUGCCAUUUGGUUAGAGGCGCGCGUUUAGCAGGAUUAAACGAAAGAUAUAUCAUCCUUGCGUGUCACACUAGGGGCGUAGAUAUGCACAUCCAGUCACACGCGUACGCACUAGGGGCAUGCCUGCUUUAGCGGCACUCGAAAGAAAGAAAAUCUAACUAGCGAGUAUAUUCCAUGUAAUUUUUCUUCUAAUUCAAAUGAAUGCUAUUCAUCUUCUUUUGUAGCUGCAGUAAGCGUUGCUACUCGAGCGAUUACCAUUGCCGCGCAUCCUUUGCCGCGAAAGCAAGAAUGUACUUUUCGAUCUCGUAGGCCAGGAGCUAAUUAUUAUUAACGAAGAAUAGAACUGUGUCAAGUCAAAUCAAGGGAUGAUUAUUGUGUAAUAGUAUUAUUUUAUAAGCAGUCAAUAAUAUUAAUAUCUCCAUUGAAGUAAGCUAAACACCGUAUCACCUCUUUUUCCGAAAUCCUCCCGUUUGUCGAAAAAAAGUCGUAUAUUUAUUUCGUAAGCUCGUUUACCUCUCUUGUUAAAUACCGCGAUACAUGCAUAUAGAAGCUGAGAUACAAGUAUCACUUAAACAAUAAGGUGUGUACAUUUUAAUUUUUAUGAAUAUAAUAAAAAUAUUAUUUAAUGUUCUAAAUGUGUGCGUCAUCGAUCGGAUUUUACUUGCUGGAAUUGCUUGCGAUUCCGCAAACUUGUGUUCCGCUCAUAAUUACAACAAUUUCCUUCUAAUAUCUUCAUUUUUGCAUUUAUUAUAUGUAUAUUUUGUCAUCUUUCAUCAGAAAGAAUACUAUCUAUCGAGAGUAAGUUACGAUAUUUUUUCGUCACGUCCAUUUAUUAUUCACCAAUUAUUUCAAGGAGAAAUUCUAUCUAUUUACCUUUCAGAGCAAAGUGUGAUAUUCGCAUUAACAAGUAAGUUAUACACAUAAGAACAAAGUUUGUUAAACGCCAAGUUGUCGAUUAAUUGAUUAUUUGCACCAUUUAAUUUUAGUUAAAAAUAUGUACGUUCGUACAAAUUUGUUUAAUUAUUAUCAUCAUCAUCAUCAUCAUCGUCGUCGUCGUCGUUAUUAUUAUUGUUGUUGCUGUUAUUGUUUAUCAUUAUUACAUGUUCUACAUUUUGCGCUUCGUUUUAUGUACGUUUCGAUAUGUGUGAUAAUAAAUAACUUUCAGGAAGC